CAAUGAGGUAACCGGAGUAAACAGUAAAGAUGGCGACAUCUGGAGCAGGAGGAGAGGGGUACUCCGGCCUGAACGGGAUCGUUUCCGAGACAGAACACAAAAUAAUGACAGACCUACCGGCCGAGUUACUCGAGUACAUCUUAUGCUUCCCUGUCCUCAAGCAUGUCGACAUUUGCAACGUUUCCUGCAGCUGCAAGCGGUUACACGACGUUUGCCACGGCAGGGGGAAGGUCUGGGGACACCAGUACAAACUCAGAUGGCCAAGAUUGCAGAAGCAUUACCGGCAGAAUGAGUGUUGCGAUUGGCUGAAAGAAUACAGAACGCGACACACUGUUGGUCUACAAAUACGACGAACUGUUGUAUCCAUCUCAAAGAGAUUCUUCACGGAAGUUCCUUGCGUUGGCCAGGUGUUGGGGGACAGCUUUGCUGAGAUUGAGUCCCUCGGGGCCCCUGAGCACUUCUGUGAAGACGAGCUGCUUUCCAUACUGAACUCAGAUAGGAGGAAAAGCCUGACACUGAAGUACUAUGCAAAGAAAAUCCUUUAUUUCCUUCGCCAGCAGAACAUUCUGAGGAGUUUAAAGAUGUUUCUGGAGCAGCCUGCAGAGCAGCAGUCAGCACUAGAGGGAGCUGUGCUGGUGGACCAGUAUUGUAACCCUCUGGCAGAUGUGUCGUUGGACGGUAUAUCCUCCCAGCUGGAGGAGAUCACUGACAAGGUCAAGAAGAUGCUGCGGAUGAAGAAUUCCUCUCAUCCAAGCCUGAGGGUCACACAAGGUGACUGCUUUGCUGUGGAGGACUUUGAGCUCGAGAGGCAGGUGGUGGUUGCCCUCAAUGCUGUUUUGUACGAGCAGCUUCAGUACAAGGGAAACGAAUGUGAUUACUACAAUCCUCUCAACUCUUACAUACACCAGGUGUUGCUCCGCCGGACAGGCAUUCCCAUCAGCCUGUCUGUCCUGUACAUGACCCUGGCCAGGAAACUGGGGGUUCAGCUGGAGCCCGUAAACUUCCCCAAUCACUUCCUGCUUCGCUGGUGCCAGCAUCAAAGAGGGAGUGGGGACAUCUAUGACUUUGUGUACAUUGACGCUUUCGGUAAAGGCAAGCAGCUGACUGCUAAGGAGUGUGAGUACCUCAUCGGUCACCAGGUGACUGCAGACUACUACAGUGCCAUCAGUACCACAGAAGUGCUGCUAAGGAUGGUGGGGAAUCUGCUCAACAUCGGCAAGCGAGGGAUCUCAUCCUUGAGGGAAGGCAAUGAAAAAUCCUACCAGCUGCUGAGAGACUCUCUGGAUCUCUACCUCACCAUCAACCCAGACAACGUUCAAUACCUUCUACUACAGGCCAGACUCUACUUCCACCUGGGCAUCUGGCCUGAGAAGGUCCUAGACAUCCUGCAGCACAUCCAGGCGUUGGACCCGUCCCAGCAUGGGGCGGUAGGCUAUCUGGUGCAGCACACCCUGGAGCACAUCCAGCACAAGAAGCACCCAGUGGAGCCAGAGGUGAAGAGACGCAGCGCCUCCGAGCACGUAGAAGUGCAGUACAGCGUAGGCCUGAUCAUGAAACACAAGAGGUCUGGCUACAACUGUGUGAUCUAUGGCUGGGACCCCAAGUGCACCAUGAGCCAGGAGUGGAUCACCACAAUGAGGGUCCACCAGCUGUCCAGCGGGGCCAACCAGCCAUUCUACAACGUCUUAGUGCAGGACGGUACCUGUCGAUACGCUGCCCAGGAAAACCUGGAGCCUCAUUCCGCUCCUCUGGAGAUCGCCCAUCCGGAGGUGGGCCGCUAUUUCUCAGAGUUCCAUGACAGCCACUACGUUGCCAACGAGGAGUUGCAGACACGCUACCCAGAGGACAUGGCAGAGACCCUGGGCACUGUACGGGACCUCUACCACAGACUGACUCCCUCCUCAGGGCAGGCCUCAGAGCAACAGGAGAGCCCUAAAGGCACCGGGUGCUCCUCCCAGGACCAGAAGAGCCAGGAGAACCAGGAAGCUAUGCCCAUGUAGCUUAGCGUCCACUACUUCUCUGCCCUUUCCAAAACAACCCCUAGCCCGUACCACCUAGGCAUCUGUGUAGAUCUGAAAGGAUUGGAUGGGUAUAAACAAUGUCAGAAUUACAACUAGCCUAUCAUAGGGCAUAGUGGAGCUACUACUAGACCCUUCAGCAGGGAUUGAUUCGGCCGCGAGCGGAUUUCUUUUCUUUUUUUUCUUGAGGAGCUGGAACAUAAUUACAAAUCAUUUGUAAACUGCAAAUUGACCACAAGAAGCCCAACAGAUAUAAUAUUUGACUAAAACAUAAUUUCAAACCCUUUCUUACAUUUGUAUACGAUCAUAUGUUUGGGAAUACUUGAACUUAUUUCCCAAAUUAAUAUAACUUGGAGCUGAUUUCCUGGUGUUUUUACAGUUUUGUAUGUCCAACAAUGAAAAUGCAAAAAAAGAUACAGAAAUAUAUAUUUGGUUGCUCAGGUUUUAAUUGGGGGGGCAAAUAAAGCCUACUGUGGGCCAAAUUCAGCCCAUGGGCCACCAGUUGGGGAACCCUGGGCUAGGGGUUGUUUCUAGAUUUUAAGCCCCCUCUCUUCCCCAUCCAAUUCCUUUACUUGACAACGUCCUGUCCAGAACCAUCAGGGCCCCUGUUCACAAACAAUCUCAGAGUAGGUAGUGCUGAUCUCAGAUCAGGUCAUAGCUGUCAGUAUAAUCGUAUUCACUAUGAUCUAAAAUGCUAAACUGAUCCUAGAUCAUCACUCCUAGUCUAAAGCGAUUUAUGAAUGAGUGCCCUGGAAUGCUUCAGUACCUGGAUCAUGUGCUGUACCACCGAUUGCCAACCAACGCCAGUAAAAGCCAAAACCCCUUCUCUCCACCUUCAUCCACCUUCAAGAAGAUUUACCAAGCUUGUCUCCUUUACUCUCGCUCUCAAUCUACUUUCUUCACCUUCCGUCAAGUUCUUCCCAGACCAUCACCCUCUCUCUUUUACCUCCACAUGAAACACUAUCAAAAUGAACGUUACAGUAUGAAGCAAUGUGAAAAUUAACAUUUCUGUUACAAUAUCUCUUUCCAUCUUACAUUAUAAUAAUGAUUCAUGCACUUACGAAAGGAUGACUUUCGAAUUUCAAGAACAUGUUAUACUUUUUUUUUUCUUUUCUGUACAUUUCCAAGUAAAACAUUGUAGGACUUAAGGGCUCACAGAUGAGCUGUGUAAAAAGAAAACCACUAGGACUACAAUGACUUGAAACAGUAGAGUGGUGAGACUGGAUGAAAUGAAAGGAAAAAAUAAAAUGUUUCAAGGUU